UGAUGGCGCCUUCAGAAGGGAUGGACCUCGUCUACGUCACUUACCAUGUAGAUGUCGGCGAGACGCCGUUCUUCGUUGCCCUGGACCAUCGCCGGAGGGCCAUCGUUAUUAGCAUCCGAGGCACUUUGUCUAUGAAAGAUGUGAUCACGGACCUGAACGCCGAGAGUGAGCCUCUGCCUAUGGACACUAUCAAGGAUGAUUGGCUGGGACACAAGGGCAUGGUGUCUGCUGCAGAGUAUAUCCGGCGCAAGUUGAGGGAGGAUGACAUCUUAAACCGCGCCUUCCGCUUCGACACAACUAGGGGGACGCAGCUGUAUGAUUAG